AUGGAUAUGGUGCGUGGCACCGGAAAUUUGCAUCUCGGCGAGCAGGACAGAGCUCCUUCAAAUGAGACAAAGAGGAGUGUUCCCAGCCAGAAGGAACCCAAAACUCGUCUAGGAGAGAGGAAGAAGAGCUCACUUAACCUGAAGCAGCCCGAAGGAACUAUCUCUGGCAAGAAGGAGAGCAACACUCUCGACUUGAAAGGCAGCAUCAAACGUUCCAUGAAUCAGAUGCUCAAACCGAAGAGACGCCAAGCAAUCGCGAGUGUAUCUUUCGAGCCACCGGCUCAGGAGGAACGCCUCAUGGAGCCCACUGCUUGA